AUGAAAUGGAGCAGAAUGUUUAAAAACAUAGUUGGCAGUGUACAACCGGACCCUCAGAAGGUGCUGACUGUAAAAGAUAUCGAUUUCAAGAUCCCUUUCAACAGCAAGGCUCACCAUACAAACAAGUUUGCCGUGAGUCGAGCCAACCAGCCCAACCCACAACUAGUGGUCAGGCGCGGUCAACCUUUCUCUGUCAAGGUCAAAUUCUCCAGACCUUAUGACCAGCGCAAAGAUGACCUGAAACUGGUUUUUGAAGCGGGAAACAAGCCACUGGCAAGCAAGAGAACCUAUGUGGAGUUUAUCCUCUCAGACGAGGACAUACCCAACAAUUGGGGAGCUAAAAUCGUGUCCAGGCAGGGCAACACACUCACCAUUGACGUCUUCACUCCAUCGACCUGCUUCGUGGCCAAAUGGGCCUUUAAGAUCGACGUGGUGAAGAAAGAGAACACGGACGUCAGCGUGUACAGAUACAAUCACAAGAACCCUAUCUAUAUCUUGUUCAACCCUUGGUGUAAAGACGACGCUGUCUUCAUGCCGGAAGAGAAGCUUCUCGAUGAGUACAUUCUGAACGAGACUGGAAGAAUAUUCAGUGGAACAAGUACAAGUAUCACCGCAAGGCCAUGGAACUUUGGCCAGUUCGAGUCCUGUGUUCUGGAUGUGACCAUGUACCUUUUGGAUAUAGCUGGUCUGAACUGGGCUGUCAGAGGCAACCCUAUCCCCGUAGUCAGAAAAUUAUCGGCUUUGAUAAACUCUUCUGAUGACGGCGGUAUUCUGGCUGGAAGAUGGGAUGGUGAGUACAGUGACGGCACAUCCCCGCUGGCCUGGACAGGCUCUGUGGCUAUCCUAGAGGAGUACUGGAAGACCAAACGCCCGGUCAUGUAUGGUCAGUGCUGGGUGUUUGCCGGUUUGACUACUACAAUCUGUCGCGCCUUGGGAAUUCCCGCUCGUGUGGUGACCAACUUUGAAUCAGCUCAUGAUACCGAUGGGUCCAUCACCAUUGACCUCCACAUCACCAAGAACUUAGAACUGGAUAAUUCAAGUACUGCUGACAGUUUCUGGAACUUCCAUGUGUGGACAGAGAUUUGGACAGCCCGCCCAGAUCUUCCUCCUGGUUACGGCGGAUGGCAAGUCGUAGAUGCUACACCUCAAGAAGCUUCUGAUGGUGUCUACUGCUGCGGCCCAGCCUCUGUGAGGGCAGUCCAACAAGGAGAAGUGCAUUUGCCGUAUGAUGGACCGUUUGUGUUCGCAGAAGUGAACGCCGACACCAUUUACUGGAAACCCAACGAGCUUGGAGUCCUGGAAUGCAUGCACAUCGACAAAAAAUCGAUUGGCAAGUUUAUCAGUACAAAAGCGCCAAAUUCAAAUGAGAGAGAGGAUCUCACACUCAAAUACAAACAUUCUGAAGGCACAGCUGAAGAGAGGUCAACGGUCAUCAAGGCUAACUUGGUCAGCGCCACCAGGCACGACAUCUACAAGCCAACAGCAAAUGAUGUCCAGUUUAGCAUUGAGCAGGAUUCAGAGAACACCUGGGUGGGUGGCAGCUUCAUAGUCGGCCUACGGAUCAAGAACAACAGUCAGCAGAAGCGAACCGUCAAUGGCAGGAUCGCUGUGAGCACCAUGUACUACACCGGUAUCACGGCAGACACACUCAAGUCGGAGCCUUUUCUUUUUCAGUUGAAGCCUGGCGAAGAGAAAGUACAGAAGGUUGAGGUGACACAGGACGAGUACGAUGGACAUCUGAAGGAUGGCUGUAUGAUCGAUGUGACCAUCAUGGCUCACGUGGAAGAAACCAAUCAGAACUUCGCCAAAAAAGAGGACUACAGGCUUCACAAGCCUCAUUUGGCUGCCAAGUCACCAGCUGAGGUCAACGAGAAUGAAGAAUUCAAAGUUGAUGUUUCAUUUACAAACCCACUCAAUGUGACCUUGACCCAAUGUAGUGUCACAGUGGAUGGAGUGGCAAUCCGCCGCACAUUUCCACAGGGAAACGUGCCUCCUUGUGCCACAUUCUCGGCGUCACUUCCUGUUCAGCCAGAGAAAACAGGUCAGGGGGAGAUAAUCAUCAUCUUCAACUCCAAGCAACUGGAAGACAUCAACACGUCAUGCCCAAUCUUCGUUCGGGACAUCUGA